GAAAAACUCAACGGCGCGUACUUCUACGCUACAACUGAAAAGGCCACAGCAAGUUCUGAGAGCUCAGAAAUCUGAAAGCUUCGUUCCAGAACUGGAUCUAAAGCUAUUACAAUAAUGUGGAAUCGUGGAAACAAAUCGAAGGCAUAUAAUGGGCCUCAGAACCGUUUCGUUGCAUUUCUGGUUGUGUCUGUGACAUUAGUUACUCUUGUUUUCAUAAUGUUGUUUCACAACACUGAUCAAAAGCCAAGUUCAGUACUGGGACUUCGGAUGGAAAAGUGGAAUAGCUUUGAGUCAUUGGUGCAACUAUCUCCGACCGUAGAUUUCCGGAAUGGAACAGAUGUAAUAUGGCAAAUACCAGAUUCACCUAAAGCAGUCCUCUUUCUAGCUCAUGGUUGUGAUGGUAGAGCUGCUAACUUUUGGGACAAGUCCUCUACCUGCCCAAACUGCGUUGGUUUGCCAGAAGAAAGACUAAUUGCUCUUCACGCUCUUGCUCGAAAGUUUGCUGUUCUUACCAUAUCAAGUAAAGAGAGAUGCUGGACUUUUGGGAAGGAAAUAGUUAUUGUUAAGGAUAUUCUAACAUGGUUGGUUAAGAAAAACAAGCUUGAAAAACUUCCUCUUGUGGCUUUGGGUGCCUCUUCUGGGGGAUACUUUGUCUCUGUGCUUGCCACUGAGUUGAAGUUCAGUAGUAUUACACUUAUGAUUGCUGAAGGGAUGUUUGAUCAUAUAGAUAUAAAGGAGAACUAUCCGCCUACCCUAUUUGUGCACAUGCCUAAAGAUCUAUUUAGGCAGAAAAAGAUAGCUGACUAUAUGGAAGUUUUGAAAAAUAAUGGUGUUGAUGUUGAAGAGAUCGAGUGCAUGGAGUUUCCCUUGUCACCACAUCUCUUAGCCAAUAGAAUCCCAGGUCUUGAUCAGUCUGUUUCUGCUAAGCUCUUUGAUCUCUUCCGCCAUGAGGGGUUUAUUGAUGAGAAUGGAUAUAUGAAGAAUGAUGGCCGCAGAACGCAUUGGAAAGAGGCUGUGAGAAAGAGUAAUAUCAUUUUUCCAGACAAGCAGCUAGCCCAUUACAUUCAGGAGGAGUUAAAUCUUGCAUUCGCGGUCCAUGAAAUGACAAGCUUACACUCUGACAGGAUCUUCAAAUGGUUUGAAUCUCAUAUGAGGUGACUGAUUGUCAAAUUUUCUUGUCCUCUGCCUUGACCAGUUUUGUGGAUUGGCCAGAAUCUGCAGUAAAUGACAUGUACGACUUAUUUCUAACUCUUCGUUCAAGGUGGGAAGGGACUUGAAACAACAACUCAUUUAAGUUUUCUAUUGGAUCAAUUAGCAAUGAAUUCUGGCUUGAAGAAAAAGGUGCCUUGCAGCAGCUGAUGUAGCUCAUCAAGCUUGAAAGGUCACAUACUGAAGACUAUGCCAUGGAUAUACAUCUGGUUUAGGUAAAUUUGACUGUCCUUGAAAAGAAGAACAAUAUCAUGUGCAAAUGAAUUUUUCUCCUCUCUUUACAUGAAGUGGAAGGAAGAAAGAUAUAAAAAAGUGGUUUCCUGUUCAAUA